AUUUCGACCACCAGCUGCUGUGGCAGAACCAUCUCGAAGCUCAUCUCAUUUGAACUCUCGAGCCAUUCUGGAGCCACAUCUGCGGUGACGAACGUCUCUCGGACGUUCUGAGCACCCGCUCAUGGCAGCAUUAUCUACGCUCUCGAAGGAUGACCAGGAAACUCUGCGGCUACUCGUGCAGCAUGUCUCGCGCGCAUUCUACGAGCCAAAGUUUACGGUCGUGAUGGAUCAGCUUGUGCGACACCCGGUCUUGAAGGACGACGACUUGGCUGGACGUAUGGGACUUCAACUGAAGGAGCUGAAUAAGAUUAUGGCGGCGUUGGAAGGUGACAGGCUAGUGCGAAUUUAUCGUCAGAACGAGCUGAAGGAGGGUGCUCAGCGGUCUGUCGGAAGACAGUACUACUACAUCGACUAUCAGCACUUCUGCAACGUCGUGAAAUGGCGGAUUGCCGAGAUGCGGCGGAUCAUUGAUUCGUCAUUGCGCAAUGAACUCGACAACAAGGGCUACAUUUGUCCUCAAUGUCACAAGUCUUUCUCGCCUCUGGAGGCGGAUAAGCUAAUCGACUUUGCCGCUGGCACAUUCAACUGCGACGUAUGCCAUGCGGAGCUUGUAGACAACGAAAACGCCGAGAGUGUGCGAGGCAGUCAAGACCGUAUGCAGCGCUUCAAUCGACAGAUGCGCUUCGUUCGUGAGGGGUUGCGCAGGACGGAAGACAUGGUACUACCUGCCUUCGACGUUGCGCUUUGGAUCAAAAUGCACAUCAUCGAUGCCGAGAAGUCGAAGCUGGCUGCGCAGAAUGGCGGCCUGAAGAUCGCAGGAGCAUCCGGGGAGUUGAAGCAGGAGGAUGCGUUCGGCAUUGUGCUGUCGGUCGACAAAGACGAGGCAACGCAGCGAGCAGAACGUGAUCGUGAAGCCGCCGCGAAACGCCAGCAAAAUCUUCUCCCGGCAUGGCAUUUGAAGAGUACGAUCUCAGGCGAUUUGACCGCGCUGGGUAUAAAAGAGCAUGCUCGAGCUGAGGAGGGGUCGGGCGCGGACACGAAUCGUCUGCCGAGCUCAAACGACACGAUACUGCGCGGCUUGGGGAUCUCGGGGCCUCCGCCCGUUGCUGCGCGUAUCAGUGGUGAAGAUGUGAAGCUUGUGAUCUCGCAGGCACAAGAAGCUGACUAUUACGAUCAGUACUAUGCAUCGCUCGCUGCGUCCGCAGCACCGUCGACUGACGGCACGCCUGCGCUACCCGGUGGCGGAAGCGACUUUGGCGAAGAAGAGGAGGACGUGAAGCCGUCAAUUGAGUACCUUGACUCACUGAACGAGUACCGCAAAAGGUCGCGGUCUCAGGAGAAUGAGGGCGUUGCCCACGCGACGCCGAAGAUCCCACGGUUGAAUGGGCAGGAUUUAUUGCUUCCAGCGGAGGUUGUAGCAGAGGUUCAGGAGCCGGGAAUGCCAGCGGAAGCUGAAGCUCCCUCGGAGGAACCCAUAGUAUAUGUGAACGGAGAGCCAAUACGUCUCUCGGAAGUCACGGAAGAGCACCAAGAGCUGAUGACGCCGGAGGAGUACACAACGUACUUCGAGGUGCUCACCGCGCAACCAUAGUAUGCUGCCGUCGGUGCCGGGACUUUGUUUCUGCGAAUUAUGUUUCUCGCACAGCACAUUGGGUUAAUUUCUGCAUUACGUGUAUCAUCUAGAGCUGUGAGCAUACUGUACCGCUAAUGGUCAAGAAUACUAUUGCUGCCUAAUUGUCUGAUCAUGCUGCUCAAAUCGUGUCCUGCGGUGUAGUAGAAAUAAUGCUAAUGGGAUACCAGA